AUGGAUAAACCACGGCGCACUUAUCGAAAAUAUAAAAGCGAAGGAUUGCAACCGCCGCCACUGCCGCCGGUACCAGUGCAGUCGGUGUCGUCGCGACCGUCGACGUCGUCGCGGCCUUCGAGGUCGGCCCAGCCGUCGACGUCGGCCCAGCCGUCGACGUCGAUGUCGGCGUCGGCGCCGGCGCCACCGCCGCCGCCGCCACCGCCGCCACCGCCGUCACCGCCACUACUACCGGCAUCAGCACCAGUGCCGACAUUGGUCCAACCUCAGAUGCAACCAGAGCAGCUGCCACAGCCGCCAUAUCGACGACCACUUAAAAACUUCAAUAGAAACAUGCGUCGUACAAAUCAAAACAAUCGGAGGAAGUACGGAGCGCGAGCGUUUGUUGAAAACACAACGCCCGUAACGCCCGCAUCAUACGUUGCACCUAGUUAUCCGAUUAUAAUUACGCCGAUGAACCCGGUUCAGUCACAGAUGUAUCCAUCUAUGGCAGGCUGCACAAUGCAUCAACCUUCGGGAUGUAUGAUGCACCAACAUUCAAGAUAUAUGAUGCAUCAUCAUUCUGGAUGUAUGAUGCAUUGUCAUUCUGGCCAUAUGAUGCCGCCAUCAUCAUGUGGAUGUAUGGGGCCCACAUUUUAUUAAGUUGUAUUACAUCUAUUAUAUUACCUUUUGUAUUUCUUAUUUCAUCAAUUUUUUAUAUUUCAUAUUUUAUUA